GCUGCCCUCCCCGUCAGCCGCCCUCGCCGCCGCGGUGCGCUGGCUGCAGGAAGCCUCCGCGCCGCCGCUUUUGUUGUCAGGGUCCCCGCGAGGAGCGCCGCUCGCCGGCUGUCGCGGUCGCCGUCUCCGUCUGCAGCCCGCUCUCCGGCCGCCGGCCCGGGCGCUCCGCCCAUGAGGGGGUCCCGCGACCACCGCUGCCUCCAGCCCGAGGCGGCGCGGCGCUGAGGAGGCGGAGCUGCCCCCUCUGCGGGAAGCGGGCGGCCUCGGCCCCCUUCCCGAGGGCACCAUGGAGGUGAAUGCGGGAGGUGUGAUUGCGUAUAUCAGUUCUUCCAGCUCAGCCUCUAGCCCUGCAUCUUGCCACAGUGAGGGUUCUGACAAUAGUUUCCAGUCCUCCUCCUCUUCUGUUCCAUCUUCUCCAAAUAGCUCUAAUUCUGAUAACAAUGGUAAUCCCAAAAGUGGUGAUCUCUCCAGUAUUGAAGGUAUUCUGAAGAAUGAUCGAAUAGAUUGUUCUAUGAAAACAAGCAAGUCAUGUGCACCUGGGAUGACAAAGAGUCAUAGUGGAGUGACAAAAUUUAGUGGCAUGGUUCUACUGUGUAAAGUCUGUGGGGAUGUGGCGUCAGGGUUCCACUAUGGAGUUCAUGCUUGUGAAGGCUGCAAGGGUUUCUUUCGGAGAAGCAUUCAGCAAAACAUCCAGUACAAAAAGUGCCUGAAGAAUGAAAACUGUUCUAUAAUGAGAAUGAAUAGGAACAGAUGUCAGCAAUGUCGCUUCAAAAAGUGUCUGUCUGUUGGAAUGUCAAGAGAUGCUGUUCGGUUUGGUCGAAUUCCUAAGCGUGAAAAACAGAGGAUGCUAAUUGAAAUGCAGAGUGCAAUGAAGACCAUGAUGAACAGCCAGUUCAGUGGUCAUUUGCAGAAUGACACAUUAGUAGAACAUGAACAGACAGCCUUACCAGCCCAGGAACAUCUUCGACCCAAGCCCCAGCUGGAGCAAGAACACAUCAAAAGCUCUUCUUCUCCCUCUUCUGAUUUUGCAAAGGAAGAAGUGAUUGGCAUGGUGACCAGAGCCCACAAGGAUACCUUUAUGUAUAAUCAAGAGCAGCGAGAAAACUCAGCAGAGACCAUGCAGCCCCAGAGAGAACGGAUUCCCAAGAACAUGGAGCAAUAUAAUUUAAAUCAUGACCAUUGUGGCAAUGGGCUUAGUAGCCAUUUUCCUUGUAGUGAAAGCCAGCAGAAUCUCAAUGGACAGUAUAAGGGGAGGAACAUAAUGCAUUACCCAAAUGGGCAUGCCAUUUGUAUUACAAAUGGACAUUGUAUGAACUUCUCCAAUGCUUAUACUCAAAGAGUAUGUGAUAGAGUUUCGAUAGAUGGAUUUUCUCAGAAUGAGAACAAGAAUAGUUACCUGUGCAACAAUGGAGGGAGAAUGCAUCUGGUUUGUCCAAUGAGUAAGUCUCCAUAUGUGGAUCCUCAUAAAUCAGGGCAUGAGGUCUGGGAAGAGUUUUCAAUGAGCUUCACUCCAGCAGUGAAAGAAGUGGUGGAAUUUGCAAAGCGUAUUCCCGGAUUCAGAGAUCUCUCUCAGCAUGACCAGGUCAACCUUUUAAAGGCUGGGACUUUUGAGGUUUUAAUGGUACGGUUUGCUUCGUUAUUUGAUGCAAAGGAGCGUACUGUCACCUUUUUAAGUGGAAAGAAGUAUAGUGUGGAUGACUUACACUCAAUGGGGGCUGGGGAUCUGCUAAACUCUAUGUUUGAGUUUAGUGAGAAGCUGAAUGCCCUCCAGCUUAGUGAUGAAGAGAUGAGUUUGUUUACAGCAGUUGUCCUGGUAUCUGCAGAUCGAUCUGGAAUAGAAAACGUCAACUCUGUGGAGGCUUUGCAGGAAACCCUCAUCCGUGCACUAAGGACCUUAAUAAUGAAAAACCACCCAAACGAGGCCUCUAUUUUUACAAAACUUCUUCUAAAGUUGCCAGAUCUUCGAUCUUUAAACAACAUGCACUCUGAGGAACUCUUGGCCUUUAAAGUUCACCCCUAAGGCCUUUGCUUAUUUAAACGAACUGAGUCAUGCUAACUGUACAUUUUGUGCUAAAAUGCUUAUUUAUAUGUGUAUACUGUACCAUAUGUGGAGAUAGAAAAGACCUUUAAGACAAUACAAGAUUGUAGGCUAUCUCUUAGUCAUGCAGUAGCUGUUUGGAUUGAGAUUUUAUUCAGCCAUGAUUAGACAUUGACAGCAUUUCCCUGAUAGACCAAUCAGCUGUGUCGCACUUAAACUGGAGAAGUUACACUGAAUUAUAGUUACACUGAAUGUUAUACUUUUUCAUCUGCCAAAACCAAAAACCAUUUUGAUCUCCCUGUGGUAUAAAUAUAACGCACAGUCACAAGUAUAUGAGGACUUAAAAAUUAAUCCUUUGUGGUACAAGUUCUGUUAUGUGAUGGAAACUUGAUUUUAGUAUAAGACUAUUUGAUCUGGUAAUUGGAGACUUUGUAGAUUAGGAGAUUUUCUUGUUUGUAUUUUACUCUUCCACUGUUAAAGUGUAUGGUCCAGGCAGGUUAGUUGGUUAUGGAAAAUGAGAAUUGGUAGUGUUCCCAAUGCCCCACCUCACAGAGAUACUAAAAGAAAUGUCUAUAAAGCAUAUUUACCUCUUUGGAUAUAGGCACUAUGUAAAUAAGGUAAAGUUUUUGUUAUAAUUAUUCAUUAUAAUAAUUUCUGAUUUGUAAGCUUUUCUGAGAAAUCAUUUCACAGCCCACGCCAGUCUAUUCAGGGUUCCUGCAUAUGUGUGGGGUAUCAUCCUGGCACACACACAUUCAAAGUUUAUAGGUACAUCAAAUACAUAGUAUGUGUACAUAAUAUGUAUGUGAAUAUAGUUAUACAUAAAUAUAUUUCUUCACAAUAUUUUAAACUGUGAAGAACUUUAUCAUACAAUAAACUUAAAACAAGAAGUGACAAAAGACCCAAAUUAGGUGCAUUUUACCUGUUGAUGACAUAACCAUUGCUUUAAAUGUUUAGACAGUAGAAUAUUGAGUUUAUGCUUUAUUUUUGUUUAAGCAACACAAUGUAAAAGUACAACAGUCAGUUGAGUCCAAAUUUUAAAAAAUAUGUAGUUUAGAGUUCAUCUUUGUUAAAACUUUUGGUUCAAGGUACUAGUUAUUUUCAAGUUUAUUCAGAUUCUUACCUUGAGCUAAAAAAGGUGACAUUGCUGCCCCUAAUACACAUGCUGCAGCUUGAUGAUAAAUAUUUUGAUUCUGGAGACUAGUCAGUGUUUAAGAAAGUAGUUUAAUAUGUUGGUGUGUGUGUUUGCGUGUGCACGUGCACAUGUGCAAACAUGUUCUGAGUCUACUUUCCCUCUCCCUCAAAUAACACUACAGGGAUUUUGUCAAAUUAGAUUUAAUCUAUAAUUUGGAAAAUAAUUUAAUGUGUGACCUACAGGUUUAGAAGUGGUAGAGUAAAAAACAUUUCAUUCACAUUUCUAAUACUGGGCUUUAUUAAAUAGGUAAGGUCAACCUCCGUUUAUGGAAGUAGGAGGAAUAGCCAAAGUUGAGGAUUUAAUGGAUGUUCUGUUUCCCUAGAAAAUAGCAAUUAGUUAUUAUUUUGGCGGGGUAAAGAUUGCCUUCUAUAUAAUUUUUGGAUUAUAUAAAUUUGCAAAAAUGAACAGAACCUACUUUACUCAGCCUGUUACUUUAAUGACAUGUGAGCAGAAUGCCUUAUUUUGUAAUCUUGUUUAACUUGUUGCUAUGGGUACUUGAAUUCCUGUGGUACUAGUUAAGUAAGUUAAAAAUAAAGUUAAACCCUCUCAUUAUUAAAGAGGAAAGGUGAUGGUGAUGUCUGUAAUACAAUAUAAACCAUAAUUGUGAUUUACCUUAAGUAGGUAUGACUUUUAUGGAAUAUACAGUAUAGUUUUUGUGAAUUCUUUACAUGAUAGCAUUAUCUUUUUAUAAUUUUUUUUCCUAAGAUAAAUGCAUAGUUUUCUUCUAUGGGGAAUAGAAACAGCUUUUUGAAAUAAUACUGAAAACCUCAAAGGUCAUCUUGAUUCUUAAUUUUUGCCUUUUGCAUAAGCGUCUUUAUAAUAUGUAUCUUUAAAACAAUUGCUAAGUCUUUAGGAAUGUGUAACCAGAACUAUGUUAGUAUUGCUUAUAAAACCUUAGGUUCAGUAUGUACAUGUAUACAUCGAUGUAUAGGUAUAUAGAUUUGCAUUUUGUCUUGUAAAAUUUUAUUUGAAUGAAUUCUUCCUGUAGGUAAUGGGAAACAAAAUUAAUAGUUCAUAUGCCACUCAUAGCAUUUCUAUAUUUGAAAAUAGCCCAACAUUGAAACUUCUAAUACUAAAAUUAAACCAGCAGCCUAUUACAAGCACAUUCUUUGAUUGGGUCAUUGGUUAUAAACUUACUAAAUGCAGAGAAGACAACCAGUUUUAGGAAACUUCUGAGUUGGUGGGACACUGUUGAUUAAUUAAUAUUGUACUGUAUGAAUUAAGUGAUGCUUUAACUCGGAUUUUUACAUUUUAAAGUUAAAAUAUGGGCAUUAUGUCAGCAAACUUAAGGGCAUUAUGUCAGCAAGCUAAAAUUUUUUUUUUCCCCCUGUGCUUUUAAUGUGUCUCUUUGAAGACGAUUUGAGCUUUUGGAGAGAAAUAGCUGAGGGAAAAGGAUGACAUUGGAGUGAAGCUUUUCCUUACAGCGAUGGUUUAAUUACAGAUUAGAAAAUUAGAAGGGAAUUUCAGAGGAUUAAGUGUACAACUUUCAUAUCUACAUUUCAAGAACUUACCAUUGUAACUUGAUAAGAUAUGAUUUAUUUUAUGUAAACAUCAUUGCAAGGCAAGGUGUAGAAGCUCAGCUAGAUUUAUUACUGUGCACGAGAGUAAGUACCUAUCUCAGUUAUUCUUUUUCUUUUCCAAUAUAAAGUUUGCUGAAUGUACAAGAAGAGUUUAUCACUUAGGAUAUAGACUUUUUUUUAGGGGUUGGGGGGAGGGCUCUGUCAAGAAAUGACCUAUAAACAAAGAUUAUCUUGAUUUGAUCUGAAACAAAACUUGCAAGCUAUUAUUGCGCUAACAUGGAAAAAUAAAAUGGCUAUCGUUUAAAAAAAUGAUAGAAAUAUAUAGUUGACAAGAUACAAAUUAAGUUUAUUUUCUACAAACUGUUAUUGAGGACAUGGAUAAUACCUUCAUGGUUUUGAAAAGUAAUCUGUACAUUGGGGGGGAGAGGAUAAUAAAUGUUAUUUCUAACCAA